UCGUGAUAUCUCUUGCAGAGAAAGAUGACAGUGUUUCUUCUCCUUCUCUUAGCAAUCCCUAUAGUUUUCUUCGUCCUCCAAAAACUAAAGCAAAGUGGAGGAAGAUUUCAGCUCCCACCAGGGCCUCCAAGGCUCCCCUUUGUUGGAAACUUGCACCAGCUUGACAAAUCGGCUCUCUAUCGCCAUCUAUGGCAACUCUCCAAGAUUUAUGGCCCCCUCAUGUCUCUGCAACUCGGUUCUCGACCCAUUCUUGUGGUUUCCUCAGCAAAGAUGGCCAAACAGUUCUUGAAAACCCAUGACGCUCAGUUCGCCGGUCGGCCUUCUAUGGUUGGCCAACUGAAGCUGUCUUAUAAUGGUUUAGAUUUAGCUUUUGCACCUUUUGAUGACAACUGGAGAGAAAUGAGAAAGAUUUGCAAUCUUCACCUAUUCGGUGCCAAGAGAGUUCAGUCCUUUCGUUCCAUUCGAGAAGAUGAAGUUUCAAAAAUGAUCAAGAAGAUUAACAAGCUUGCCUCUGAUUCAAAACCCAUCAAUUUGAGUGAGAUACUGCUUUCUUUGACGAACACCAUUAUUUGUAGGAUUGCUAUUGGAAAAAGCUAUGAUGACGAGAGCUGUGAGAAAAGUAGGUUUCAUGAUGUUCUUGGCGAAAUCGAAGAGAUGUUAGGAGGCUUCUUCUUCUCAGACUAUUUACCAUGUAUGAGUUGGGUUGAUAAACUUACAGGACAAUCAAUUCGGCUUGAGAGAACUUUCAAGGCAUUAGAUGGAUUCUUGCAACAAGUCAUUGAUGAGCAUCUGAUAGAUAAAAAGAGUGGUAAGAUUGGAGGAGAGGAUAUUAUUGAUGUCUUACUUCAGUUAAAAGAUGAUGGCUCAUCCACAAUCAAGCUCUCAAUGGAUCACAUCAAAGCAGUUCUUAUGGAUAUAUUUGCUGCUGGGACAGACACAAGUGCAGUCACGUUGGUUUGGAUAAUGACAGAGCUAGUAAAGAAUCCAGAAGCCAUGAAAAAAAUUCAAGACGAAGUAAGAAACAUUGACACGGAGAAAGAAAUUCUGUAUGAAACUGAUCUCCAACACCUUCCUUACCUUGAAGCAAUAGUGAAAGAAACAUGGAGAUUGCACCCUCCAGCUCCAUUGUUAGUUCCGCAUGAAACAAUUCAACAAUGCACCAUCGGUCCCUACACAAUUCAGCCAAAAACCAUAGUUUUCGUGAAUGCUUGGGCAAUUGGAAGAGAUCCAGAUUCUUGGGAGAACCCAGAAGAGUUUCUCCCGAAUAGAUUCAUCAACAGUUCUAUUGAUUUUAAAGGACAAAAUUUUGAAUUGAUUCCAUUUGGUGCUGGACGAAGAAUAUGCCCCGGAAUUCAUUUGGGAGUUGUUAUGGUGGAGCUUGCUCUAGCAAAUCUUGUACGUUCCUUUAACUGGGAAGUCCCUUUUGGGUUGAAAAAGGAGGAUAUUGAUACAGAAGUUAGACCAGGAAUAACUAUGCAUAAGAAAACUCCUUUAUGUCUCUUAGCCACCAAGUAUUAGAGAGUCAUUUGUAUAUUAUGUAAAUAUGUUCUAUGUAUAUAGUUAUCUAUCUAUCUAUCUAUAUAUAUAUAUAUGCAGUUUCAAGAUUCAGUCGUAGUUCACUUGUGGUAAUGAAGACAAAGAAAGUUCAGUAAUUUGUACGUAUGUAACAUUAAUACCAAACUCAAUGGUCCAAAAUUGCCAUAAUAUAUGCCUUUGAU